AUGUCAGUCGCCGCCCUUCCUUCACUUGAAUCACUGCAUAGACGUUGCGCAAAGCGCACAAGAGACAUAUUUGCCUCUGAAUCAGGCGAUCUACUUCAGGAGGACGAGUCGAGUUCACGAGUUCGCCUUGCCAUUAAAAUCCGUGAUGAAUACCGUGACUACAAAGAACUUCCACCUGCUUUGCUGUCCCAACAGGGUCCUGUGGGGCCCUCGAAACCAGGCGGUCCGUCGCGAAAAAUGAUAACAGCAGGGGAAACCAACGACACCCGCAUCAUUGCAACCAUCGACAAAACUCCUGUAUCCCAACCAUCUACUUUCUCUUCAAACACGAAUCUUUCGCAAGCUCUUGCACUACACAAAACGACGCGCACGGUGAAACCAACGUACCAUCCUCCUUGGAAGCUCGUGCGCGUCAUCUCAGGGCACCUGGGCUGGGUUCGGAGUGUUGCUGUUGAGCCGGGGAACAAGUGGUUUGCAACGGGUGCUGGCGAUCGAGUGGUGAAGAUAUGGGAUUUGGCGAGUGGGGAGCUGAAACUGUCGUUGACGGGGCAUAUCUCGACGGUCAGAGGGUUGGCAGUCUCGGCGCGUCAUCCAUACCUGUUUUCGUGCGGAGAGGACAAGAUGGUGAAAUGCUGGGACCUCGAGUCGAACAAAGUCAUCCGGCACUACCACGGGCACCUCUCCGGCGUGUACGCCCUCUCGCUGCAUCCGACUCUCGACAUCCUCGUCACUGCUGGUCGCGACGCCUCCGCCCGGGUCUGGGACAUGCGUACCAAGGCACCCAUCCACGUCCUUGCAGGACACACUGGCACCGUCGCCACCGUUCAGUGCCAGGACUCGGAGCCGCAGGUGAUUACCGGGUCGAUGGAUUCGACUGUGCGGCUGUGGGAUCUGGCUGCAGGCAAGACGCGGGUGACGCUGACGCACCACAAGAAGAGCGUGCGGGCCGUGGUGGUGCAUCCGACAGAGUACUCGUUUGCGUCAGCGUCGGCGGGCGGGAAUGGGAUCAAGAAGUGGAAGUGCCCCGAUGGAAACUUUGUGUUCAACUUCAGCGGGCAGGAGGCCAUUGUGAACACGUUAGCGGUCAACUCGGAGGGAGUGUUUUUCUCUGGAGGCGACAAUGGCACAUUGACAUUCUGGGACUAUGCGACGGGCACACCAUUCCAAAACAUGGAAGACGUACCGCAACCCGGCUCGCUCGAAGCAGAAGCAGGCGUUUUCUGCUCUACCUUCGACCAGACCGGAACGCGUCUCAUUACGGGCGGCGCUGACAAGACUAUCAAGGUCUACGCGGAGCAAACUCAAUGA